ACUCUAUACAUUGCCCUCAGCAUCAGUCGCACCGUCUGGGAAGGCAGACUAAGCACACAGUAGCAAACGGGAAGUCGUUCAUUACACAACAAACCCAGUCAUUUUCACGAUCAUGUCGCAGCGGUUCUUUGAACAAGUUCAGCACGCAGCACUAUACGCUAAAGCCAGACCAAAUGCACCGCCUCAACUCGCUGAAAGGAUUGUCGAUUUCCUGAGAGAAAAGUUUGAAGGUGAGCUGGAACUUUGUUUGGACGUUGGAUGCGGAAAUGGCCAAUGCAGUGGACUUUUUGCGAGUUCAUUCCGUAAAGUCUUAGCCACGGACAUAAGCCCUGCGCAAAUAGAAGUGGCCAAGACGCUGGAAUACCCACAUAACAUAGAAUUUCAGGUUAGUCCAGCGGAGAAUAGUCCAGCUGAAAAUGGAUCAGCUCAACUUGUGGUGGCUUGCGUGGCUGCACAUUGGUUUGAUUUGCCAGCCUUCCUGAAGGAUGCUGAUAGAGUUCUGUGCAAAAAUGGGGUAGUCGCUUUGGCCAGCUAUUUCUUGCCAACGGCAGUUCACGCCACAAAGUCUGACGAACUGAAUGCUGAAAUAAAACGUUUUUACUUUGAAAGUCUUGGUCCUUAUUGGGGCGGUGGCGUUCGUCAUUUAGAAAAUGAAUACGCCGAUUUUUCAAUUCCUUACGCGGAAACGGUGCGUGAUGAGGUGUGGUCUGAUGAAGAGCCUUACACUUUGGCCAGAUUGGCAUUUGAUUUGGAAUCAUGGUCCGGCUAUCAAAAUAUGUGUCGGGAUAAAGGUGAAUCUGCCGGAAGAGAAGUACUUCAAGAAUUCAUAUCAAGGUGCCUCGCAUGUUUGGGAACUACGGACGAUCCGGCCAACGUGGAGCUCAAGUUGCAACGAAAGUACUUUCUUUUGAUGGGACGGAAGGUGUAAAAAAGUAUUAGCAUUUUCUGAAUGCAUUCCAGCUUACAUAAAGGUUUGUUAAGCUUUACACGU